AUCUUAAUGCAGUUCAACUUUAUUGCUUUUUAAAACAUGGUGCCAUAUGCUUUGAAAAAUGGGCUGUAACUUUCCUUCUCCUUGCUUCCCUUUGUGCAUCAUUCUAAAACUUCACCGUGGUUGAGUCCGUUCAAAGAUUUAUAUUCUAGAACAUUGAAGGCAUUUGUUUGUAGCAAAAUCUGAUCUGGCGAUCCUGUUCUUGAAUGGUAGCUUUGAUCGACACUUGACUUUAUUCCAAACCUCCUCUGUUUAAAUUUAGGGGCUCCUUGAUUGUGGAUUUUAUUCUUGAGGAAGAUAUUCUGCCUUCUUACACUUUAGAUGACUUAUGUUGGUCUUUUAAGUGUGUGGUGUUGUUGGGUUUACGAGUCACUUGUUUCAGGACCGCGGAGAGCGACGCGCCUCCUUUUCAUCUUUUGUUUCUCCCACUUGCAUUACUGAUGCCUCUAUUAAUAUUAUCCAAACGUAUAUCCAUGUUAUCAUUUCUCUGACAAUCUAAAAUGUAUGAGAUCAUGAUUUUGUGCAAGAUCUUAACUGUGGGGUGGGUAAAUGACAUCAUGAACAAACUUGACUCUCCUUGAGAACUUAAAAUAUUUGAAUGUCAAAUAUUUGCCACUGUUCUCUUGAAUGACACAUUUUUGUAGCGACAUGCAUUUAAAUGCUGUCCAGGAAGUGAAAUCCCUCUUUUGGUCUCUAGGUGCCGCUCUAGGUCAAUGUAGGGAUAAGAAGUGGAAAAACAUCUGAGUGAGAGGCUGCAUGUUUCAGUCAGUCUCAUUUUGUGUCGUCCAAAGACGCCUCGACAGAACCGCUCCUUCCUUUACCCACAAACUCGAUCCACUUCAUUUGUAUAACGAUAAAAAAAAAUACGAUGUUGGGGCUUUUGGUUUUCUUUUGGAAGCUGCUUUUUUUCUGCCUGUUUUUCGCGGAUGUGGCCGUCGCUCACGUUCGUUAUUCCAUACCCGAGGAAAUGACUAUCGGAUCUAUUGUUGGGAAUAUCGCGCGGGAUCUCGGUUUGGAUAUGAAGAGACUGAAAUCCGGGCGUGCCACAAUAUUUACAGAGGACAGCAGUGAGUACAUUGCUCUCAAUUUGGACAAAGGAACGCUUGAAAUUAAGCAGAGAAUAGACCGAGAGGAGAGGUGCGGCCAAGUGUCUCCUUGCUCUCUGCAUUUCCAAAUCAUCCUAAAUAACCCCAUGGAGCUCCAUCAUGUCGAUGUAGAAAUUCUUGACAUAAAUGAUAACGCUCCCGUUUUUUCGAAGAGGGAAAUGAAUUUUGAAAUCAGUGAAUCUGCUGUUAAGGGGGCUCGUUUUUCACUCGAUAGUGCCAAAGAUCCAGACGUAGGCUCCAAUACUCUGCAUACGUAUAAGCUUAGCCCCACAGAUCAUUUUAAAUUAAAUAUACUUGCUCGCCCUGAUGGCACCAAAUAUGCAGAAAUGAUACUUGAUGCUUUAUUGGACAGAGAAAUUCAGGAGGCGCAUAAAUUGACUCUCACGGCAUAUGAUGGCGGCGACCCUCCUAAAUCAAGCUCUGUAAAAAUAAACGUCAUUGUAUUGGAUAAUAAUGACAAUGCACCAGUUUUCAGUCAACCUCGUUACAGAGUAUCUGUACCUGAAAACGCACCGAGAGGAACGAUUAUUUUACAAGUUACUGCAACCGAUGCAGAUAAAGGAACAAAUGGGGAGGUAGUAUAUUCAUUCUCGCAGAACAGCGACGUGACCUCGUCUAUGUUUAACAUCCACGAAAAUACGGGGGAAAUCUCCGUGAUGGGUGAGCUCAAUUACGAAAAAGUCAAACAGUAUGAAAUAGACGUCGAGGCAACAGAUAAAGGGGGUCUGCGGGAUACGUGUAAGGUGUUAAUCGAAGUGGGUGAUUUAAAUGACAAUGCACCUGUCAUAAGCAUCCUUUCAUUGUCCAAUCCAAUACCAGAGGAUUCGCCCCUAGAAACAACAAUAGCCAUGCUAAAUAUUAAAGACUUGGACUCUGGUAAAAAUGGCGAAGUUAAGUGUUUUCUUAGCCAAGAUUUCCCCUUCACAAUCAAAUUGUCAUCACUUAAUUUCUACAGCUUGGUGUCCGAUGACGUUUUAGACCGAGAAGCUGUACCGGAAUAUAACAUAACAAUAACAGCAAUAGAUGAGGGCACCCCGCCCCGCUUGACUAACAAGACUAUCCAAUUGAAAAUAUCAGAUGUAAAUGAUAAUGCCCCAGUGUUUCAACAGGCAUCUUAUUCAGCCUCCACGACAGAAAAUAACGCCCCUGGCGUGCCGCUUCUUGCCGUCAAAGCCAACGAUAAAGACUCUGGAAACAAUGCGCGCAUUUCCUAUUUCCUUGAAGACGUCAAACUUAACGGGAUGUCAGCUUCUGCUUUUUUUACGGUGAAUGCAGAGACUGGGGAGAUACUGGCUGUGCGCUCUUUUGACUAUGAGCAAACUAAAGAGUUCUACAUCCGAGUCAGAGCGCAGGAUGGAGGCUCCCCUCCUCUUAGUAGCAACACAAGCGUUCGCAUCCUGAUUCAGGACCAGAACGACAACGCCCCUCAGGUGCUGUACCCGGUCCAGACGGGCGGCUCGCUGCUGGCCGAAAUGGUGCCUCGUUCGGCAGACGUGGGCUACCUGGUGACCAAAGUGGUGGCCGUGGAUGUGGACUCUGGCCAGAACGCCUGGCUCUCCUAUCAAGUGCACAAAGCCACAGACAGGGCGCUGUUUGAAGUGGGCCUCCACAAUGGAGAAAUCCGAACAGUCCGCCAAGUUACUGAUAAAGAUGCUGUCAAACAAAGACUGACUGUUGUGGUGGAGGACAACGGGCAGCCCUCUCGUUCAGCCACAGUUAUCGUGAAUGUGGCGGUGGCCGACAGCUUCCCUGAAGUGCUCUCGGAGUUCACUGAAUUGAGUAUGCACGACAAGGAGUAUAAUGACAAGCUGACCUUUUACUUAGUCUUGGCGCUGGCCGUGGUCUCCUUCCUCUUCAUCACCUGCUUGCUGCUCAUCAUAUCCAUCAAAGUGUACAAGUGGCGUCAAGAGCGCCUUUUUUUCAAAUCAAAUGGCAAUCUUCCGGUGAUUCCUUAUUACCCGCCCCUUUACGCUGACGUAGACGGCUCCGGUACGUUGAAGCAAGCGUUCAGCUAUGACGUAUGCGGAACUACCGAUUCCAGGAAGAGCGACCUGAUGUUUUCCCACCAACUCAAUCAAAAUACCCUGAGUGGUGACCAUUGUAGAACAGUACUGAGGGCCAAAGCAGAUGCAGAAACUUUGGUGGCAGAGCAAAAGCCACCCAACAAUGACUGGCGUUUUAACCAGGGAGCAAGACCAGGACCCAGUGGUCCCCACAUGCCAUACGGUACUCAUAUACGAUGGACGCCGAAGAGUGGCACAAGGGUUGCCGGAGGACCUGAGGUUGCCAUGGGAACCGGACCCUGGCCCCAACCCCCAACUGAAGCUGAGCAGCUCCAGGCCCUGAUGGCUGCGGCUAAUGUGAGCGAGGCGAGCGGUACCCUCGGACCCGGCACGAUGGGCCUGAGCACCCGUUACAGCCCCCAGUUCACCCUCCAGCACGUGCCCGACUACCGGCAGAAUGUGUACAUCCCCGGCAGCACGGCCACGCUCACCUCCAACCCCCAGCAGCAGCAGCAGCAGCAGGCCAUGGCCCAGCAGGCCAGCCAGCAGGCGCUACCCCCGCCCCAGUCCGGCCAGCCCGAGCCCCCGAAAGCCGCCCAGACUCCCGCCUCCAAGAAGAAGUCCACCAAGAAGGAGAAGAAGUAGAAAGGGAGGAGGGGGAUUGCUCCAUCGGGUCUGACGAGAGCUGAAACCCCCCACACCCCACCAUGAAGUAUCGCACGAUGAACACUUCUGACGGUUGUUUGGAAGUGUCCUGAAGGCCUUCAGGAGUCUGAACAUGCCGAAUGCUUCUGCAUGUAAUCAGUCGAUAUUUGUUGGCUGGGUAUGGGGGGUUAUUGUGAUUUAUUAUCCUUUCCUUCUCUUUUCUUUUGACUAAGACAAGAAACCUCCCAAGGUUGACAAGUGAUGUAUUCAGAGAAAUGUUUUUGUCUCUCAUGUUGGAUUUAUUGUGCUCUUUCCCUCACGCGGAAAGUCAGCUGUUGUGAGUACGCGAGUCGCCAUGAUAUUUCGAUGUAGGCUCGGCCUUUGCAGGAUCUUCAAGCAUACCUUUUGCGGAGAUAAGGCUGCUCUUUUACCGCUAUUACAAACUUGUCUGCAUGCUCUUUAAAGGUUCAAACCACAAUGUUCUAGUUUAGAUUUGCUAACUAUGCAUCGCAAAAGCAAAAGAGGAGGAUGGCACGCCCCCUCCCCUACUCCCCUGCCAAAUCGCUGGUAAACAGAAUGCACAUGUAGCAUUUACCUGGCAAAAAAUGACUUUUGUAACCAUAGUUUCAAAAAGUAAGACAUUAACUUCCUGUAAUGACCUGAGCAUGUAUCCACAAUGUGAGGUGUCCGGCUGGCCCCUCCCCCAACCCAACCACUCACUGGCCUACAUUGAGAGCCCUGAAGUUUUGCACUGACGUAAGGUGUAAACCACAUUCAGAUGAAGUAUUUGCUCCCGCUGUUGACAUUAUUUUGCAUGCUGCAAUGGAAAAAUUGUACGCCUAAGCUAUGAAGUCCGUCUGGUCAGCGGGAAUGAUUGGGGGUUCUGGUGACUGCUCCCAAAUCCUUGUUCCAUCGGCUUGACAGGGUGGGCAACCUGGACUCCAACCGCUGAAUGUACAGAGGACCUACCGUUGCCCCACCCACCACUAGCUCAAAUACACUGGCCCAGACUAGGGUCAAGGGUUCAGCGAGGCGAUACCACUCAUCAUCCUCGUCCUUCGCCACUAUCAAAAAUCCUCUCCCGCCCCCAUCCGCUCACUUGUAAAUAAACACAAGUUCUGUUGAUGGUAUGAGCCAGGUGUUUGUGUUGUAGGGACCCCCGCCGUCCAACCUUUUCCAAAAUCAAGUCCUUCCCCACAAAAGCGUGGCUCACUACUGGAAUGUGUUGCGUUUUGUUUUCCAAGAAAAUUAAGAAAACCACAGAUUUAAAAAAAAAAAAAAAAAAACAAUUAUAAAUGAAAAUUUGAGAUGUUCAACAGUUUGUGUUGCAAUGUAGUAACUAAGCACCAUGCCAACUAACUCUUCAGUGUAAAUAAAACAAAAGAUAACUUUAGAUAAGUGACACACGUAGACUAGUUAACUUGUGAUAUGUGUUGCGCAUAUUUUUGUGUUCAUUUUCUCUUCGAUCUUUUAUCACCCUGUAAAGAAACAACAAAAAAUAUGAAUAUGUUUCUAUCCUUCUGUAACCUCUCAAUGUUCUUUUUGCGGUGAUUUGAUCUCGUGCAUUCUCUUUCUGUCCAUAUGAACAAAUGACUAUAAAUAUUAUAUAUGUGUAUGUUCGUCCGCUGCUGAAUUAAUACUACUCUACCCUGCUGUAUUAUCUUUCUUAUCAAAUGCUUAGCCCCUCCCCUCCCCACGCUUUAUCCCUGUGUUACUCUUAUUUUUAUGCUAAUAUUUAUAUUGCUGUUUUAUUUUCUCUUGAACACUGACAUUUCAAAUAAAAAGAUUAUGAAAUCAGC